AGGUAACACACUUCACAUGAAACACACAGGACCUGUAAAAAAUGUCCCAGCUUCAUGUUCCACAUGUGAGAGCUGACAACAACAAACAAUCCUGUUAAACUUCCUGUUCACCUGUAAGUAUUAAACCAGGAAACAUCAUUGGACCGAAGCAAAACUUCACAUCAGCUGAUUCUCAGCUCUUCAGCUCUACUUGUUUUUCAGUCCAAGAUGAAAUUAUUUUUGUUGCUCCUCUUCUGUCACGUUUCAUCUCCAGUGAAACACUCAAUGACGUUUUUCAUCUCUGAGUCUUCUGGAGUAACAAACCUCCCUGAGUUUGUUGGUGCUGGACAGAUUGAUGACAUCACAGUGGGUUACUGCGACACCAACACAAAGGUAGUAGUAAUAAAACAGGACUGGCUGAAAAUGAUUUUCAUCAUCUACCCUCAAGAACUUCUGCAGUACAACAUAUGGUGUUCUGAGAGUAUGCCUGAGCUCUUCAAAGGCAUAGUUGAUUCUUACAUGCAGCUCUUCAACCAUAGUGGAGGUGUCCACAUUGUGCAGAUGAGGAGUGGGUGUGAAUGGGAUGAAAAUUCUGGAGAGGUCACUAGUUUUAUGAAGAUUGGUUAUGAUGGAGAAGACUUCUUAUCAUUUGACCUGAAGAAUCUGACAUGGAUCGCUCUGAAACCAGAAGCUGUCAUCAUCAAACAGAAAUGGGAUAAUAACAUAGCAAAUACAGAAACCAAUGGGAACUUCUACCAUCAUGUUUGCCCUGAGUUACUGAAGGUGUCUGUGCAAUAUGGGAAGAGCUCUCUGCAGAGAACAGAGCUUCCCUCAGUGUCUCUCCUCCAGAAGACUCCCUCCUCUCCAGUCAGCUGCCACGCUACAGGUUUCUUCCCUCACAGAGCUGUGAUGUUCUGGAGGAAAGAUGGAGAGGAUCUUUAUGAGGACGUGGACCAAGGAGAGAUCCUCCCCAACCAUGAUGAAACCUUCCAGAUGAGAGUUGACCUGAACAUUUCAUCAGUCACACCUGAAGACUGGAGGAGGUACGACUGUGUGUUUCAGCUCUCUGGAGUGAAGGAGGACAUCGUCACCAAACUGGACAAAUCAGUGAUCAGGACCAAUGAAGUUCCUCCCUCUGAGUUUCCUGCUGCUGCUGUCAGUGGAGUUGUUGUAGGACUGCUGCUCCUGGCUCUCUGUGGACUCUUCAUCUGGAGAAGGAAACACAAUGGGUUCAGACCUGCAAACACUUCAGACUCUUGAUUUCCAUUGGAUGCAGCUUCUAACUGAUCACAGUGACUUCUGCAUCGUGUCAAUACUGUGCAGAUGUGCAGAAAAAGAGAGGAGCUCAGUCAUAAAAUGUUACCAAAGAAGAUCAGAAGAGGAAAGUCGACUGCAGUGAAGUUACAGUGGCAUUAGUUCACAGUGUAAAUAUCCAUGUGCUGUGGUUAAAGGGUUUUGGAAAGUGUGUGUCAGUUCUCCUGAUGCUGAUGAUUAGAGAUGAUCUCUGAUCUGUGAAGUAGAUCAAGGCUUGAAUGAUGUUUAAUCAUAGAUUACACCAGAUAUCAGACGUCAUGAUUAGACAUUUAACCAGGAAUGUUAAUCAUCUGUGCUGUAACCUGUUAAUCUACUUUAAUAAUUUAAUAAUAAAAACACUUUCUCUGAGCCGCUGUUACAAUCACUUUAUUUCUGUUGCUUUUAUUUCAAGUU